CAUCAUCACCAUGCAAUUCAAUCUUCCUCGACCGAGAGACGUUUUGCCAAUAUUAUCCUCCCGUCUCAACGCUCCGACUGUAAGUGGUAACGAUGAAGGUCCCAAUGAGAAGAAACUUUUCCUCCGCCCCCGUGAUACUUUCGCCACCACCUUCACCUCCAUUAGCAAUGCAGCCAACAUCGUCCGCCGCCAGCCCGGGCAGUGACAGCGGCGUUAGCAGCCCGGGCGAGAGCCUGGACAACAGAGUGAAGAGGCCCAUGAACCCCUUUAUGGUCUGGGCGCAGCAGGAACGACCGCGUCUCUCCGCAAUACACCCUGGUAUUCACAAUGCUGAGCUAAGUCGCCUGCUGGGGCAGAACUGGAACAAGAUGGAUGACAGCGAGAAGCAACCCUACAAGGCGGAGGCAAUUAGAAUAGCAGAGCUGCAUCGGCUGCAACACCCCGACUACAAAUACAAGCCAAGAAAGAAGGACCCAGCCGCCAGACGGGUACGAGGCCGGCGGAUCAAGCAGGAAGAGAUUAGCCGUGUUUUCAAGCUCCUGUCUCAACAAGAAAUCACCCAGUACGUGGGACUGGCGGAGAAGAAACGCAAAACCAAGACCCCUAAACGGUCACGCAAAGGUGAAAGUGCCGUAGACGCAGUAGUCAAGAAAGAGCAAGAGUCGCCAGCAGCAGUACCAGCCACUGUAAUCAGUCAGGAGCUGCAGGACAGGUCCAUACAUUCGGCCAGUGCACAGAUUCGCAAUCAUCGCGUUCUCACACGUCCGACCACCACCUGUCUAGAGCUUGACCCGUCUACAGCGGCAGGACACCAGCAGUUGACGGCACCUGCCACGCUGCAUUGUCACCCUUGUCCUCGCUCCGGGAUUUCCCCUCCCUCCGCCUGCAACACACCUCCAAUGACGCCACAUCAUGUCAAAGUAGAACUGCCUAGCGCUGUUGGUGCAACCCAUACCCAGGGCGGUCAACAGUGUCAGCGACUGUCACCGUAUUCGCUCGCCGAUUGCGAGACCAAGUCCGAUCUGUUUAGUCUGAAGACGCUCAACCAGCAAGCGGCUCACACGAGCAGCGAGUUGCUGGCUGACCUUUCGACGUCCGUUGAGCACGUACAAGUUCUAGAUAGUGGCAGAAGUGGUGCCACCUCAUUCUCACCUCUACAGUUUGAGCGAGCGUCGGACGUGUCGAGUGUGGGCUACGACUCCGAUGCUACAUCAACGUCGACACCAUCAAUGACCUCCACGUCCUUGCUUAGUCCACUGGAGAAGUCCUGGUUAGAUGAACUGUGCAAAUCGUGCGACGCGUCGCCAACUUGGCAAGCCACUCCAUCGGCAGCAAGUGACCAAUUCUUCGCUUCCCUGGGUCAGCUCGACUCGACUUCCUUCGCUGGCAUGGACGAUUACUGGCCAAGUGUCACUGACUCAAGCUUUCUGUUUUAGUCCUAUCCAAACCAAUUUAGACCCAUAGCAAUUAGCAAUUGUUUGCUGUAGCUAUUGCAAAUCUAUUUUCAAAUUUCAAAAUUAUGCUCGCAACACGCAGCCUAGGCCGUACAAUCAACCGGAUUAGUUCAUAAUGUCAUAUCUCGAAUAUUAAAAAACCCAAGGAACAAGACCUGAAAAUAUGCUGUUGCUCUUAUUAUGCUUACGCAUGGUUUAUCAUAGACGAUUCAACUCAUCUCCCUGUUUUCUGCUUUAUUCAAUUGCUUUACUAACAGUUAUCUUCACGCGCAUGUACAAACAUGUUUAUCUUCAACACAAGGACAAGACAACGAAAGAGAAAAAAUGGCGUUCAUCACCCCUAAAAACCAA